GGAAACACAGGGUGGAGCUACAAAGAUGUACUUCCCUAUUUCAAGAAAUCUGAAACACAGCUUGAUCCAAAUCUAAGCAAAUCUAAAUAUCAUGGUACCUCAGGGCCUCUACAAGUAUCGGGUGGUGAUAAAGUUGAAGCUAUACAGUAUGUUUAUGAUGCAGCUGUUGAAGCUAACCUCAAGACUACAACGGAUUAUAAUGGCGAAGAUCAAUUGGGCUGGGACUUUACUCAGGUAAGUGUGGAUGGCAAUGGAGAGAGAUCAAGCACUGCAACUGCCUUCUUAGAGCCAAAUAUGGACAGAAAAAAUCUACAUGUAGCAACACAAGCUCACGUUACAAAAGUUCUCAUUAAAGGCAAGAAAGCAAUGGGUGUGGCUUAUGUAAGGGACUUGGUCAAGAGAAGUGUGAAAGCAAGAAAGGAAGUUAUACUGUCAGGAGGUGCCAUUGGAUCACCUCACAUUCUCUUGCUAUCAGGAAUAGGACCUAGGAAACAUCUUGACGACAUAGGGAUACCCGUUGUGGCAGACCUACCAGUUGGGGAAAACAUGGAGGACCAUCCUACAGCAGACAUUCUGAAUUUCUUUACAAAAGUUGACUCCAUUACGGAAAAGAAAGUGAAUUCUUUGCUUGAAACCUGGAAGUAUAAACUCUUUGGAACAGGUGUAUGGAAGAAUACAAUGGUAAACCUGAUUUACUUCAUGAAAUCUCCCUAUCAGCCGGAUGAUCACAAAUUUCCAUACAUCCAGUUCCACGUAUAUCCAGUAUUAUGGGGAAGUGACAAGGGAACCGAUUAUGCAAAAGACAACAUCGGAUAUACCAAUGAAGUGUGGAAUACAUUGUUCCCAGAUGAGCAACUCGAUGGAAAAACUGGGAUUAGUACUAUUGUCAUAUUGCUCCAUCCAGCAACAAAUGGGACGGUUAGACUUCAGAGCACGGAUCCAUUCGACCACCCAUUGAUUGAUCCAAACUUCCUUGAAAAUUCAAUUGAUGUGAAACAUAUUAUGGCAGGAAUAAAGGUUUGGACAGAAAAACUUGCCAAAACCAAUACAUUCAAAAAGGGAGGAUUUGAAAUGAAUACGAAUCAUCACCCUUUAUGUAAGACUCACAAAUUCGGCACUGAUGCUUACUGGGAUUGUUUCAUUAGAGCAAACUUGUGGACAUUAUUCCAUCCAACAUCGACAUGCAGAAUGGGACCAGCGAGUGACAAGAACUCUGUUGUAGACCCACAGUUAAGAGUGAAAGGGAUUGAGAAUCUGAGAGUGGCAGAUGCAUCCAUUAUGCCUCAUGUCGUAUCAGGCAACACAAAUGCGCCAUCUAUUAUGAUCGGAGAAAAAGCUGCAGAUUUGAUUAAACAAUCGUAAAGAUUAAUUUGCGUUUACAAUAUACGAGCUAAAUUGACUUCAAACUCAUUCAUUGAUUCAUUUAUUCAUUAUGAUGGGAGAGAAUAUUCUAUAUUAUAUGGUGCAAUGAUUUUGUGAAUUCUUUAAAAAUCAAUCUACUGGUGUGACCAAAUAAACUGAAUUUAUAGACGAUAGAAUUCUAUCAAAACAACCGAUUUGCAAUCAUCUCCAAGACUCAAGACUCCAAAUCAUUUCGACAUUGGGCCUACUUUCGACCAACACUGCUGCAUAAAACAGAUGGUAAUGGUGAUCCGACUAAACAACUUCAGUUCAAGUCCCAGGGUAAAACAGUGUCUACAAUGAUGGCCUACGAAAUCUUCAGGUUGAAUUCCAGCUUUUGCCGAGUGUAGACGCCAUACAUUGGGAAUAUUAUAUUCAUGCCCAAUGAUUCAAUUAAAACAAGAGAACGGCCUGUGGCAAAAGAUAAUCUCAGUGGCAUUUGGAGAGCCAGGAAAUGAUAACGUAAUAAACCUCUUCAGGCUAAUAUGUUUUUAGUCUUUAUAUUACAGCUAGUU